GUGUUAUAGAUGAACGUAAAUGUAAUUUAGAGCUUUGGGAAAGUAGCAGAUGGAGGACAAAUAGACGUCGUCUAGGGGAUCUCAUUAGAUCAUGAAAUAGUUGAUGAGGACCCCAUUUUUUAAAUUACAAAAUGCGUAGAUGACUGGUCACCUUUGCACGGAUAGUUUGCCCAGCUCUACGUUACGCGAAUAGCCUCAAAAAGCAGUGGAAAGGAACAUUUAAAAAAAAAGGAAUUAAUGUCACAGAUCUUGUGUGUUGAAUACUAAAGAAUUUGGAGGCGAAAAUGUAUACAUAAACACGUAUCUAAUAUCGUCACAUUGAUGUAGAAGAACAUGGAAUUGCACUUUCCAGCCUCUUGCGGAUCGAUAGCAAAAUAAUAGGCUACAUUACCACAUAAAUCCUAAAUGCCUUUAUGAACUAUACACAUGGAGUGAAAUGCGAACGAUGGGAUUUGACAGCAUAAAGUCAUAACAGGAUCAUGUGGCAAAGAUGAUAGAUAGGUGAAAUAGUUUUCCCUUUUCUUCUGAAAAACAAACAAAGUUGAUCAAAUCCUGCAAAAGAUAAUUUUACCUCCGCCGAAAAUCGUUUUCAUCAAUUGUUUCUUUUUCUAUCGCUCUCUGCCAUUCUUGUUUCCAAAAUAAACAGAGUUCGAAGAGUAAAAAAGAAAGAAAAAGAAACAAGUGUGUAAACACGGAGAUCUCAAGAAGCUCAAAGAUGCCUCCCACUAGGAUAUAAACAGAAUCCAUUUGAAAUACGCUAUAUAGCAAGCCAGUCCAUAGCGAACGGAAGUAAAAAGCGGAAGAAGCUCUGGGUGGAAAUUGGAUCAUGAUAGCGAUCUACGAAGCCGAGUCUCAAAGAAAAUAUUGCCCUUAUCAAAAAUACAUUUUCUCCUAUUUGGUUCGACUUUUUUUUUUUUACGAAUUUCUUACUUUCCCCUUGAAGCAUUGCAAGAAAAAAGAAAUCAAGAAAUCUGCCUCGUCAAUGGCCGGAGGGUGCGAUUUGAGUGGCGAAAAUGGUGGCGGUACAAAUAAUACUAAAAGAAUGACCAUCGCCUUUAUCGGUGCCAAAAGCGUCGGUAAGACUUCAAUCAUCCGCCAAUUUGUGAGCAAUCAAUUCAGCAAUGUUGUCGGACCGACUGUGCACCCGCAACGUUACGCCACCAGUUUGGUUUUAUCCAAUAAUCGCAUCGUUGAAAUUCACAUUUCCGAUUUCCCGGCCAUCGACACAUUUCCGGAAGAUUCGCUUCAAGAGUGGAACCUCCAUUGCUCCUCGUCCGGCGCGAAACAAAACAGCAAAACAGUUCACAAACCUCCGCAAUCAUUUUGUCGAUUAAGACAAGCAUCCGCCUACGUGCUCGUAUUCGACUCUUCCAGACCGGCGCCCACGUUCCAGUACAUCCGUCAGAUGCGCGAUCAGAUUCUCAGUCACGGUGGCAAAGAUGUUUACAAGAAACCAAUGGUCGUGGCGGCAAACAAACAGGAUCUCGUUCACAUGGCCAGAGGUCCGUCAGCUAGCGCCACAUCGACAUGGUCUAACCGUGGACCUUUAAUGAAAAGCCGUCGACGAGGAGCACAUGUGACUCACCAGCAGACGCCCGCUCACAACAACAACAACGGAAUGAGUCACUCCGGCGGAGGUGGCAAUAACGGCGGCAAAAAUGGCCACAACGGAGCGAACGCAACAUCCAGCGAAUGGAGUUGCAUAGUGCGAAAACAAUGGCGCUGUCUCUACGUCGAAUGCAGCGCCAAAUUCAAUUGGCAGGUGGUGCAUCUGUUCCAGCAGGUGGUCAACGCGAUAGAGAGCUGCUCCGCGGAUGGUCAUCGGCAUCAAUCGGGGGGUGAUCCAUCGCGUCACCAAUUGCCGCACUCGAUCGCUCAACUCGUACAUCUUGGUCAAUUGGCUCAUCUGGGUGGGUUCAUCAACGUUCCUGGAGCGCCUCCCGUUGUUAUGCCGUUGCCACCUCCGCCGAGAGCGUCUUCACCCGAACGACGUCGAACAAUUGCCAGAAGAUUACAAUGCCCAGUCUGUUGAUGAAAUCCCCCCCUUUUUUUUUCUUUUCAACAAAUUUAAUUCUAAAAUGAUUUUCGCUUGUUCGCUGUGAAUAAAAAACAAAAAGAAAUUGAAAAUGUAACUAUGAGCAAAAAGACCUGUCUUUCCUAGAAUUCCUUUUUUUUUCUUCUCUCAUCGUCCGUCGCGAUCCAUUACACACAACCGUCAAGAAGAAUACAAGG